AGUCCGGAGGAGGUGCGACCGCCGGCCGACGUGUGAAAGAGCCGGCGAGGAGCUGCCGGCUCUGCCGCGACCUGCGCCGGAUCCAUCCCGCCUCCUAAGGAAAAUCUCGAAACAGAGGCGAACAAAAAGUGCGUUUUCCGGCAUUUCUGGGUGGAGGAUGCGAUGCGGGAGCUCGGUCACAGCCGAUGAAGGUUGCGCUUCUGGAGUGUUUUUGCCGAGAUGAUCCGCAUGGAGCGGAGCGCCGGUCCCGGACUCCCUGCCCCGUCUCUGUGAUCGCCGGUGCCGUAAGAGCCGCCGUCCGCCGCCCGCCACAGGAGCGGCACAGACCCAUUUAAAGCGUUGCUUGAUUUUGCUGAAGUGCAUCGACUCACCUGGGCUGAGGACACCUCGCCUGCUUUUCCGAAUGCACAUUUUGAACGGUGACUCCUCCGAUAGCAUGGAGAGGGGCACGCCACAGAGGAAGACUGUAUACCGGAUCUCCCUCACUUUGGUGAAAAGAGAGAACAUAUCGGCAGCUGGUGACGGAGGGGGCACCCCGGCGCUCCUGGGCCCAGGCGAGCCCCAGACGGCCGCCGGUCAGAGGGACAGCUCCACGGAGGGCCACGGGAGCUUCCUGCUCGAGGAGCUUAAGGAGGUUGCGGAGGAAACGGACGACUUUCCAUCGCAGAACAGCAUGAGGACGUUCAGGACCUUCAGUACGGGACGGCUGGAAAUGAGGAGGUUUAAAUUUUCCAGGAAGACACCUCUCUCCCUCAAAUCGAUAGACCCUGCUCUUUCGGGAGGCCUCAUGGCCAAGCAGAGCACCGAUGCCGCAUCCGAGUCCUCUGGGCGGGGGGGUGGCAGGGAUAUUGGCGUGACUGGGAUGGGUUUGACCGAGUCGCAGACGUGCCCAGUGGACUUGCACUGCUCCGACCAGCGCUUGAACAGUUCCGACCAGGUCUUGGUGUCUUCUGCCUCUGUGAGCUCCCCGUUGUCUCAGUCGAAAGGGGGCGUGAACUCAGACAAGACCCCAACCCCCCCAGUGAAGAGAGCCCCCGGCCUGCUUCGACGGAGCUUGAGUUUCCGGCACUGGAGUGGGGGGGAGGUCCUCCGCCAGCAUGUGCUUUCUAAGCAGGCCCACCAUCGCAGCUCCAGCUGCCUGGGGGUCACCGGUAAAUCCUCCGGGGACGUCGUGUUGCAGAAUCCAGCCUUUGAUGAGGCUGCGUGCAGAGACGGCGUGAGCUCCGCGGACCCUGGGGAAGCGCUGGGCCAGGUGGGCGCUGGCACGCAGUGGAGCAGGCGGGACCUGGCUCAGAUUAAGAACCGGACUCUGGACAACAGUGACCUGCAGAGGCUGUCCGAGAAGAGCCUGGAGGAGAAGGAGAGCUUCCUGAGGGGCAGUGCUGGUGCCAGCAACCAGGAGCGCUGGCUGACGCGCAUCUUCGGAGGAAUAUUCUCCGCCAGGGAUGCCAGCCUCGCGCCCAGCCCCCGUGCCCUUGAGGGCGGGAAGAGGGGCUUUCUGUGGACCAGGAAGAGAGCUGCUCUGGGCCACUCACAGUCCAGCACGGAGAGCAUUGAGCGAGCCCUGCAUGAAGGUAAUCUGCCCGGGUUGUCUGCAUCCCGUCUGUCUUUGGUGUGGUAAAGUUCA